AUGGCGCCAUAUGAAGCCUUGUAUGGGAGACCGUGUCGAUCACCUGUUUGUUGGACCGAGUUGGGCGAGGCUAAGUUAGUUGGGCCGGAUUUGAUCAAAGAAACCUCUGAGAGUAUGAAAGCGAUUCGUCAACACCUUUUAGAAGCACAAAAGAGAACCACCGAGCAAGUCAAAGUGAUUCGUCAACGGUUGAUAACCGCACAAAGUAGGCAAAAGAGUUACGCCGAUCGUCAUCGCCGGCCGUUAUCAUUUGAAGUGGGAAAUCAUGUGUUUCUAAAGGUGUCGCCGCGUCGGGGGCUGUCUCGUUUUGGGCAUAGGGGUAAGCUUUCACCACGUUAUAUCAGACCAUUUGACAUUAUCGAAAAGAUCGGGGAAGUCGCGUAUCGAUUGGCAUUACCACCCAGAUUAUCGAACAUUCACGAUGUGUUCCACGUGUCUAUGUUACGAAAGUACGAGCCGGAUCCGUCACACAUUCUAGAGUGGUCCAAACUAGAGUUGGAAGCCGAUGCAUCUUAUGGGGAGGAGCCGAUACGUAUCCUAGAUUCACGCGAGCAAAUUUUGAGGGGUAAAACCAUUCCGUUAGUGCGAGUUCUUUGGAGUACUCUUGGAAAAGAAGAAUCGACAUGGGAAAGGGAAGACGAAAUUAGAGAGAAGUACCCACAACUGUUUCCGAAUUAA